AUGAAGACAGCAUUCAAUUUGCUGUACAGUGUGGAUAGCGCCAAAAUACUCAGCAUCUUUCCUACGAUGUCCAAGUCCCACUGGAUUCUCGGAUCGGCCCUCAUGAAAGAAUUGGCGCUCGAUGGGCAUGAGGUAACUGUUAUCAGUCCAUUUCGGUUAAGUAAUGCCCCGAAAAAUUAUCGCCACGUGGAGAUCGUCUACAAUAGCCACCUUUUUGAAGAGAUCAUGGAUGAGGUGUUCGAAAAGAUCGAUGACACUAUCGUGCAAAAGAUGCUGGAACUGGGAAACUUUGUUGAAGAAAUAGCCAACACCACACUAACCUCACCCGAAGUGCAAACAUUGCUCCACUCAGAGCAGGAAACGUUCGACCUACUGGUGAUGGAAAUCUUCCUCGACGAUGUAUUUCUUGGUUUCGCGGAUCGCUUCAACUGCCCAGUGGUAGGCAUGUCCACGUUUGGUGCAUCGUCCUGGGUAAACUCGUUGACCGGGUCCCCUCAGCCGCUCUCGUACGUCCCUCACCCGAUGAUGGGGCUUACGGACAGGAUGAACUUCUGGGACCGGCUCACCAACGUACUGUUUACCGCGUUCGAUGAAGCGCUGAUGGAGUUCUUGUGCGAAGAGACUCAGCAGCGAUACUACAAGGAAUAUUUCCCUAAUGCCACCCGAUCGUUGGCGGAGAUGCGGCGCCAUGGAGUUUCUUUGAUACUCGUUAACAGUCACUUUAGUCUGAGCUUCCCCCGUCCUUAUCUGCCCAAUUUGAUAGAAGUUGGAGGGUUUCACGUCAACCGGAAGGUUACUCCAUUGCCAGAGGACAUCAAGAAUUUCAUCGAAGAAUCUGAGCAUGGAGUCAUCUACUUCUCGAUGGGUUCUAACAUAAAGCCCUCCAAAAUGGACCAACAAAAACGGGACGAUAUCAUCAAGGUGCUUUCUGCCGUUAAGCAAAACAUCAUCUGGAAAUGGGACGACGAUACGCUCGUGCUGGACAAGAGCAAGUUCCUGCUCGGAAAAUGGUUCCCACAGGAUGACAUCCUUGCCCAUCCGAACGUGAAGCUUUUCAUUACGCACGGAGGUUUGCUGAGCUGCACCGAGUCGAUCUACCAUGGAGUUCCGAUCGUUGGCAUACCGAUCUUUGGUGAUCAGCUAUUAAACAUGGCUCGUGCCGAACAAGCUGGCUGGGGUAUUGGGGUGACCUAUACGAAACUGAAUGAGGCUACUUUCAGCAAAGCCGUCAACGGAGUGCUUGAUAGUGCAAUUUACACAACCUAUGUGAAAACAAUAUCACGACGAUUGCGCGAUCAACCACUCGCACCGAUGGAUAUGGCCAAAUUUUGGGUCGAGUACGUUCUUCGGCACGACGGCGCAAAGCAUCUGAUAUCCGCAGCCCAGGAUUUGACCUUUGUCGAGUAUAACAAUUUGGAUGUGUACGCUUUCAUCGUAGCGAUGGGCUUGGUAGUGUUAAUGGUUUUGCACUUUAUUGUAAAGAAAUUGGUCAAAAUGUUGUUUGCAAAGAAAUUACAAUGUAGUACUUCGAAAAAGAAUAAUUAGUAACAGACAGUAUUAAAAAGAUAAUGUACCGUACUAGAGUUUACGAAAAAUA